AUGGAGCCUCUUGCUCUUGGGAAGGCCACAGUACAGAGACGAGUGGAAUGGACAGCCAGCCCCUGUACAAAGUGUCGAUGCAAAAACGGUCACACUGAAUGCCUGGUUGCAGAGUGUCAGCCUGUUAUGUGUAAAGCGAACGAGAACCUGGUGGUCCAUCCCGGGCAGUGCUGUCCUCAAUGCGAGCCGAAUCCCUGCAUGGAGGCUGGGAAUGAGUACAAGCACGGAGAGCAGUGGCAGAGGGGCAGCUGUAACACCUGUGUGUGCGAUCACGGUCAUUCUCGCUGUCAGACAGAGAAGUGUCCUCCUCUCCACUGUGAUAAGGGUCAGACGAAGGUCAAGCGAGCCGGGCAGUGCUGUGAAGAUUGUGUCUCAUCCAAAGGCAGCUGCCUCUAUGAGGGCAUUGUCCGUUACCAUGGUGAUAUGUGGAACGGCACGGGUUGUGAGUUCUGCAUGUGUGAACGGGGUCAGGUGCUGUGCCAACGGGUCGAGUGCGCCAGAUCGGAGUGCCCACGGGGAGAAGUGGUCCAUUUGCCUGGGAAAUGCUGCGCAGAGUGUAGGACAACAACCAGUUCCUGUACAUAUUUACAGCCAGACCAGAAGGGGCAGAAAGCCAACAUCAAGAACUUUAGACGCCUUAGUAAUCUGGAGAGUGUCAGAGAAGGGCUGUGUCGUGAGUGCCAGUGUCAAGAGGGUCGUGUGAUCUGUUACCAGCAUUCCUGUCCCACCUGUCCAUUGGGCACCCUAACGAUACCUCACCCUGGACAGUGCUGUCCCGACUGCAAUCCAGCAGUGCAGUGUCACAGGGACUGUUUGACAUGCUCUGGUACACCAGAUCACUGUGACAGCUGUCAUGACCCUUCUGCCCUGUUGAUGAAUGGACACUGUCUGCAGUCAUGUCCUGAAGGAUUUUUCACUCAGGGCAAAGUUUGCGCAGGCUGCCAGCCAUCAUGUGCCACCUGUGAGAAUGACUUUGAAUGCACAGCAUGUGGUGGGUCCUUUCUCCUCAGCGGCAGGCAGUGUGUGACCACCUGUGAGAGGUCUGUUCCAGGACCACACACGCUGCCUCAGUAA